AUGAUGCACCUGGACGCCCACUUUGGAGCAUGUAAUGAAUCGAAUGCUGGUGCCGUAUAUGACGACAAUCACGGCGUCCAAAGGGCUGCAGUUGAUGACCACCGAGAAGCUUCGGGACAGAACCUGAGCUGA